AUGAAUUAUAAUUAUAAAUAUCUCAUACAAUCACCUAAAAAACAACCUUAACCAAAGAUCUCUAUCAAAUAUAGCACUGCAAUUAAUUUGGAUCAUAUACCUAAAUUUUAAUACAGAUCUCCUAGAAAUCUAGCAAGAUAAAUAACAAAUCUCAGUCCCACAAUUUAAUUGAAUAAUUCUAAAAACAAAAAAACUAUUGAAUCCAAAAGUUAAUCUCCAUUGAUGGAAUCAAAUUGGUUAAAUAUAAAAAAAAUAAAAAAGAAAAUUGAUCCUUUCGAGAAUCUCAAUUAUGGAAAACCUAAAAUAUUUCAUAAAUUAUAACAUGAUUAAAUGAUUCCAACAUAAUUAUCUAUACCAAUAACAACACAUGCUGAUAAACGUAUAAUAAUUAAAAAGAAAUGUGAACCUGAUCGUAUUGCAAGAUCAAAUACUUAAUAUUCAAUAAAUAGAUAAGAAAUUAAAAAUAAUACAUCAUCAUCAAGAAUAUUAUAAAAAAGAGAAAAUAAAAAAGAACCUUCAGGAGAAUUAAAAGGAUGGUAAGGUUGGUAUGUGGAAAAUUUUGAUGAUUUUAUAUGA